GAGGCGGGCGGAGCGCGGGAAGAUCUCAGGUGAGGGUCUUCUCCUCCUCAGGAGAAAUUCAUUCACACUUGAUCAAGACUUUUAAAAUGUCUGUCAUAAGUGGAAAUUGCAAACUGCAAGAGGUCCUGAUUAAAAGUUCUAUUGGAGAAAUCCUGAUAUCCGGGUGCAAAGAAGGGAUACACGAGAUAAAGCUGAACGGUGAUGGAGCUGCUGAAUAUGGGGCUAAGGACGCCUCUGCAUCGUUCAAGGUAUGCGAAGGCCCUCAGGAAAUGAUUGCACCACUGGAACAGUGCACAAACUGGCUGCAAGCCUACUUCUGCAAGCCCUGGCUGACAGAGCAGCUCCCCAUCCCUCCUUUCCACCAUCCGGUCUUCCAAAAAGACUCCUUCACAAAAACUGUGCUACUGACGCUUCUUAAGAAUGUGAACAUGGGAGAAACAAUUACCUAUAAAGGGCUGGCUGAAGUUGUAGGUAAUGCAAAAGCCAUGAGAGCUGUCGGAGGGGCCAUGAGGAGCAACCCAGUGCCACUCAUCAUACCCUGCCACCGAGUGAUUUGCAGUGACGGCAAAAUUGGCAACUACAGCGGCGGCAAGAGGAAUGACGUGAAGCUCUGGUUAUUGUCGCAUGAGAAAAACGUGAAAGAAACAUGAAAACGUUUUUUUUUUUUUCACAUUCUUCACAUCGAGUUGUACCGCAGCCAAAAACACAUAACAGCGCUAUAGGUUUGCACGUUAGAGUAAAAUUCAGCAAGAAUGGUAAAUUUUUGAUUGACAUAUCAUUAUAAUACGGCAUCAGAAGCGGCAUCGCUAUAUUAGAAAGGCUUGCGUACCUCCUAAGGGAUGCAGCUAGUGUGCUGGGUCUUGUUUUUACAUUUUUACAGGAGAAUGAAUACAGCAGACUGCUCCUGUCGGGCUUGUAGUUUGCUCCCAUCCUCAGUCCUGUUUUGUUCCAUAUUUAAUGCCCAUUAAUGUAAGGAAAAGAGAGGAAGGGGCGUGGCAAAUCCGAGGUCCAACUACCCCUCCAUAGAAGCAUCUGGCUAAUAGAAGAGGGACGGUGUAGCUUUGCGUGCUGCUAAAGUCAAAAUAGAACCCAGCAGACGCACACACACACCUCCCUGUCACUGCUGGCAUUGUACUGAGAUCCUGUACCUCUGCCAAGCUUGAUGCCCAGCAUUCCCACCUAAUCUUUGAUGUCUCCGCUUCCAGAACAAUGUUUCACAUAUGUCAUUGUCACAAACACACAGGAAAAAAAAUAUAUUGCAACAUUUUUAAAGGAAACUCCAUUGUGAUGCCUGUUAAGAUAUUUUUUCACUGCCUUUUAUAUCUUAAAUAGUUGUUGAAAAGAUACAAAUAACAGUUUUCCUUUUUUUUUGUAUGCUGGUUUCCUUUGUAGUUUUCUGUGUUUUCAUGCCAGUAAAAAUAAAAUUACAUACGACAAGGGUAUUAGGUUACUAAAAAUGGUGAUUGUUAGCUGUGCUUUGCUUUUUCAAAGAAUAAAUUUGGCUGCUGUGUUUCAUA